AGUGUUUCUCUUCGUUACAGAUUUUGCAAACAUAAUCAUAAAUUACGGCUUAGCAGUGACACUUUAGCCAUGGACGUCUCUAGUUCGUGAAAACACACCUUAACGAAAAUUACUAAUGCGGUAGACAUGGUCAAAAUCGCAGUACUCGGCUGCGGGCUCAUGGGAGUCAAAAUUGCUGGUGAGAUGGCUUACCAUGGGCACCGUGUGAAGAUGUAUGACAGUAACACUAACCAGUUAAAUAGCGUUUAUGAAAGGAUAGAAGAAGACAAGAGACAUUUGCGACGAGAAGGACUAAUGAGCCACAGGAAUUUUAUUGGUCAAGUUUUGUGCAUGAGUCUGCUGGAAGAGACAGUUAAUGAUGCAGACUUUAUCUUUGAGGCAGUAGUGGAUGAUUUGAAGGUUAAGCAGGAUAUAUUUGAAAGAGUAUCCCACUGUUGUACAUCUAAUGCUAUCAUUGCAUCCAACACGCUGAAUUUAGACAUGGGUCAGAUUGUUGAGAGAACAGCAUACAAGGAGAGAACGUUGGGACUGAGGUUUUUAUUUCCUGUGUACUACAUACCAGAAGUGGAAAUAACACCUGGCAAACAUACCUCUGCAGAAGUAAUAGAAAAAGUGAGAAUUCUGUUAGAGAAGAUGGGGAAGACAUUGUUCUUCAGAUCUGGUGGAGAGCCUCUAAUUUUAUCCGAAGAACAAAGAGAAGCAAGAAAAUUAGCUCGAAUUCAACAGAUCAAGAACCAGUCUGGUCUUGGCUACUUCUUUGAGAGUGCCAUCCCAGCUCUGGGCCACAGGGGGAACUUUGCCCCUCCUCAGGAUGAUGACACAGCCUCGUAUGUUAUGGAAGGCACAGAUCGUGAUUGUGCUAUCUGCAUGGACCACACACGAGACUGUCUGCUCUGUCCCUGUCAUCACAUGGUCACGUGUCAAGACUGUGCCCGACUUUUGCUCAAUCGCAGAGACAGCUGUCCAAUAUGCAGGAAGGAAAUCACAGAAGUCAUCAAGGUUUAUCAUUCAUGAAAUACUAAGCAUCUUCUCAGUGCAUCAUUCACAUUGGCAUUUGUUGAGCAAGGAUAGGUGUUGACAGGUGCACAAUUAUGUACAUAAAGAUGGAUGUAUUAUAAUUAUGAGGAAAAAAAAUGUCCCAGUGCACAUGUAAUUGUCCAUUUACCUGGACAUUGGUAAGAACUGUGAAGGCAAUAAGCUUUAAGUGGAAGAAAUUGAGUGUUUAGCUUAUUUAAAUUAUAUAUUACGUAUCACUUAAUUUUUUUUUUUUUGUUAAAAGUGACAAUCUUUCUUGAACUUGCAUUAGAACUGCUUGUUAUGGUUAAUUUUCUUAAAGAUAUAGAAGUAGGUGUUUGUUGUCAAUCUGUUGUAUGAACAUUUGUCUUUUUACACUUGUUAAAGAUCUGUACCAACAGUACAUACCCAUUUAAUAAGUAAAAAGAAUGGUAACCUUAACUAUUAUGAUAAAACAGUAUUUGUUUAUCAUCAUUCAAAGUCUACUACUACUCCAUGCACAAAGUAUCAAGUAGUUAAAGGAACUAUGUUUUGAAUUGUCAUUUCUUUCAUGUCUCUUCAUCUUGUAAGUACCCAUUGUACUGUCAUUGUGUGUCUUAUUCUUAAAAGGAUCUGUACUACUGUAUAAUCUAGUGCAAUAUACCAUUUUUUUCUGUACUUCAGAAUCUGGUUUUAUAUUUUAGGAUAGAUGUUUAUCUCAUGGCUUUCUUUGUCUUUUAGCACUGAAUCUCCAUAUAAUGCUUAAUUAUCAUAGAAUA